AUGGCUGAAACUUAUUUCAAACUUGUUGUCGAUUUGAACAGAACGGAACUCGUGAAAAUUUACGAUUCACUUGAUGGGCGAGUCUUCCCAACCCCCAUCCCUAUAAGUGACAAAGCUUCCGUUGCUGCGAAUAUCCUUCAUUUGGACGACUCUAUCCUUGCUCGCGGAAAGAAAUACUUUUUCAAAAAAGACAAAGAAGCCUUUAUUGAAUAUCUACCCACCUUUGCCACUGAUCAUCCAAAUGUUGCAGAUUCGGUUGAACAAAAAUUUGCGAAAAGACAUCACCGACUGGAUCUCGAUCGAAUCAAGACAUCAAAAGCGGCUAAAGAUAUUAACUCCUUGAUGGCGAACCUACCCAUCACGGACAGUGACAUCGAGGACGAGCUCGAUCUUUCCGACGACGAAUCUGUCAAUGAGGCGGAUGCUACGACACCAUUUUAUGAGCCCUUUACAUCACCUGGGAACGUGGACGAUCGACAAACAGGCACUCCUGCUGACGCUGAUGGAUCUAUCGCUCAAAGCCCGCUUACUUAUGUUUCUGAUGACCCUGUCACUGCUGAUAUUCCAACUAAUCCGCAAGUCGACUUAUCAGAAAUCAACGCUUCCGACCUGCUUGAUUUUACUCCAUCGCAAACAACAGACUUCUAUCCUUCAAUCGACGAUUUGCUCUCUUAA